UUUUUAUUAAUUUUGCAGACGAAUAUUCUCGUUUUGGAAGCGAGCAACAAGUGAGGGGGCAAUCGAAAGUUGAUUUGGAAAAUUAUAACAUUAACUUGGUGGUUUGGUUCAAACGGAAGGAAACACUUAUAAUAAUCAGAAAUCGACGAUAUCGUAUUGGUCUAUUGUAGUAACUUUAGAUUAGUUUUAAUGCCCUCAGUUUUCGUUCACCAAGAUGCAGUGAACCUUUACAGAGAUUUCAGUAAUUUUCUGGGCCUAUCCUUAAGGUGCCAUCAUUUCCGAUCUGUCUAAAGUAUCCAUUUCUCGAAACUGCCAAAAAACAUUUUGCCCUGUUCGUCCAUAAUCAAUGAUGAAACGUUAGAAGACAAGGUGGCAUUUGAUUUGUGGUAACGGCGUUAGGCCUAAAGGUUCGACCAGAUACCAUAUACGGCGUAGCAUGAAACCAAUGGCCAGAUGUUACCUGAUUUCAUUCCUUGGCUCAGUGUCAUGCAAGUUAUCCUUGAAACAUCAAUUAGCAUGGCACACAGUGUUCGUAAACACACACAGGAGUAUAUCUUCAAAGCCGUGUAGGUCUAAACAAAUUGUAAAUCUACAUAAUAAGAGACUAAUUCCAUCGUUACACAUCAACUCCUUUCAUUCUGAAACAUGUGUAAGUCAGACUGAAGAGAAGCAAGAAAGGGCUAAGGUUGAUGUGAGCGAUAAAGAUGAUCUGGUACAUAAACUGUUCAAGGGAUUAACAAAUGGAGACAGGGCAAGUCUUGCAAGGUCUAUAACCCUUGUAGAAUCCAGUCAUCCAGGAAAGAGGAAACAGGCACAGCAAUUACUAUCCAGAGUACUUGACUACAACAAACGCAGGACCAGACAUAUACUACAAGAGACUCAGUCAUUUAGAAUAGGAUUAACAGGACCACCAGGUGCUGGAAAAAGUACAUUUAUUGAAGCUUUUGGCAAGUUCCUGACAGGGAAGGGAUUCAAAGUGGCUGUCCUUGCUGUUGAUCCCUCGUCAUCAACAACUGGAGGCUCCCUUCUUGGUGAUAAGACGAGGAUGCCGGAGCUGGCCCGAGACAUGAACGCCUUCAUCCGCCCCUCCCCCACAUCAGGGAAACUGGGAGGGGUGACCAGGACAACCAAUGAGGCGAUUGUCCUCUGUGAGGGGGCAGGGUAUGAUGUCACUCUAGUUGAAACUGUUGGUGUAGGGCAGUCUGAGUUUGUGGUGGCAGACAUGGUGGACAUGUUCUGUCUUAUCAUUCCACCAGCAGGAGGGGACGAACUUCAAGGUAUUAAGAAGGGCAUAGUCGAGGUGGCAGACAUGGUGGUCAUAAACAAGAGUGACGGAGAUCUCGUGGCAGCCGCACGGCGGAUCCAGGCCGAGUACGUCAGUGCCCUCAAGUUCAAGAGACAAAGAUCGAAAGUGUGGAGACCUAAGGUAAAGCGCAUAUCAGCAUUAACUAAAGAAGGCGUCCCAGAGUUAUGGGACUUAAUGGUGAACUACAAAACAUUAACAUUCCAGUCCGGUGAGUUGCAAGUGAAGCGGGAGAAACAGCUGAAGAUCUGGAUGUGGAACCACAUCCAAGACUACAUCAUGGAGGCAUUCUAUAAACAGGAGGGUGUGGACAAGAAGAUGGUUGACCUGGAAAAGAAGGUGGUUCGAGGAGUGAUCACACCUGGCCAUGCAGCUGAUGUGCUCCUGAAGACAUUCAUGAAAUACUCGUGACACCGUCGUCACUGCAGCUGAUCCUAUAUGUGUUAUUCCAAAUUUUUUUGUGAAAUGGAUUUUUUAAAACCAAAAUUGAAGAUGAAUUGAAGGAGGUGCAUACUGUUAUAAUAUUUAUGAGAGUUUCGAUUUCUUUCCACAAAGCGACAACAUUAAUGUUAGCAUAAAAAAAACAAAAGAGAGAAAAGAGCCAGGAAUAGUUUCCAUCAAAUAAAUCUUUGUACAUUGCCCGUUUACUGUACACAUUUAGGGUUUAUAUUUAUGUUUGACACAUGUCAUUAAAACAGAAACUAAAAUAUGUAAAGAUGUCAGACAAGUUCUACAAACAGUUUUUCUCUUCAAAAUAAUUGUAAAUCAUCUGAGUAACAGAUACUUGUGUGAAGGUGAUUGCUAUGUCAUGGUUUUUGUAUGAGAGAAUCACACACAAUAACACUGCAUAACAGAUAUACUGUGCAUAUACUGUGUCCAGUAAUCUUUUAUUUAUACUCGAUUCAUUAUUAAUACUUGUUUCAACCAAAACUGCACAUGUAGCAAAAACGAUGUAGCUUUUACUAGUGUUUAAUAUUCAGUUUUAUCUUUUGACAAAUAGAAACCAGUUAGAAGGAUUUUAGAAAACAACCACAGGAAGUCUAUGAGAAUUGCACCCUUUUUCACCUUGAUAAAUUUGAUACCGAAAGCUGCUCUGGUGAGGUUCUCUGUCUCCUCACCAAUGCGGUCACACCACUGUCUGCUGCUGGCCACUUCAAUUCUUUUAAUUUUGAUACCUGUCUGUGUUAAGCUGAGGACACCUCCAAAGAAGGUGGCAUCAGGUGAACCUUGAGCAAACUCUGACUUCCCAAUCAAAAUGAAGGAUGCAUGAAUUCUUGAACCAAUCAAAUGCCAGGUUUCUGAAACAAAUCAGCUGCAAGUUUUUUACUGCCUCAAUUGAAAUUUUGAUCUUGGCAAAGAAAUUUGCAGUAGCCAGACUCAAAAUUUAUUCAUCAACCCUCAUAAUUUGAGUGAGUGUUAUCUAGGUUUCUUGUGAAUAUUAUUAACAUGAUUAUCUUUGAAUAUGUAAUGACUGAGUGUUAUCUAGGGUUCUUGUGAAGAUCAUGAACAUUGUUAUCACUGAAUAUAGAUCGAGUGAUUGACUGUUAUCUAGGGUUCUUGUGAAGAUCAUGAACAUUGUUAUCACUGAAUAUAGAUCAAGGGAUUGACUGUUAUCUAGGGUUUUUGUGAAGAUCAUGAACAUUGUUAUCACUGAAUAUAGAUCAAGUGAUUGACUGUUAUCUAGGGUUUUUGUGAAGAUCAUGAACAUUUUUAUCUCUGAAUAUAGAUCGAGUGAUUGACUGUUAUUGAGGGUUCUUGUGAUGAUCACAAACAUGAUGCUGAUCAUAUCACUGAAUACAGAGUGAUCAAGUCUUAUCUAGGGUUUUUGUGGUAACCAUGGACAGUGUUAGUGAAUAUAAAGUGAUUAAGUAUUAUGUAGGGUUCUUGUGUUUGUUUGUUGUUGAACACCACACUCAGCAACAUUACAGCUAUAUGACGGCAAUCUGUAAAUAAUUGAGUCUGGAUCAGACAAUAAAGUGAUUGACAUCAUGGGCAUCGAUCCAC